CCUGGGCUACUUUUAACCAUGAACAUAGAAAGUGACUCACAUUUUUGGAUACAUAAAAGUGUGCAAUUUCUGCUGCAAAUUUUUUAAAAGCAUGACACAUUUCUUGGAAAAAUAUGUAAAAGUAUUUUCCAAAUAUCGCUUUCCAUUACGUUAAGAUAACUAGUUAUGUACAUAAAUCUGUAAGCAACCGGAAAUUUGCGGGGUUUUCUACGCUUUAGUAAAGUUCUGUGGGUUUUGUGCCAUCGAGUUUUAAUUGAUAUGCAAAUUAAUUCAUGUACUUACAUAGACGGGAUUUAUUGUACGACGGAGGAGGAAAUAAUUUAAACAGUGGUAUAAUAUUUAUCGUACCGUUUCCAUGGAUAAAAGAGACAACAAAGUUACGAACUGGAAACUUUAGCCCAUUUAAUUUCCAAAAUUAACUCAAAAAUUUUCGACAAAGUACAUCACAGAUAUUUAAAAUUGUGAAAUAUACUUUAAGAAUUGUAUACCUGGUUAUUUUUUUAGGAAAAAGUUGGCAGAAUAUCAUCAUCGAAUAUGUGAAAUAUACUGUAAAAAACGGGUUUAUUUAUGUGAGGAUAAAGUCGACAGAGACAGAACAUAAUUGUUGCCAUGGCGACGAGUAAUGGGGUCGAUGCAAGUGGCGACGUGGAUUCGGAGGAGGAUCCGGAUCCCGCGCCGAGGAAGAUGGCGUCGAAAUUUAUCCUCCCCGUCCAUCAGGACAUCGGCGACGAAUGGGCGGAGGCCUGGGACGAAUUGGGGGCACCGAUUCUCAUCCCCUUCAUAAAAUUCCUGAUCGCAGUGUCCAUUUAUUUUAUAGAUUCGUAUUUUUUAGUGAAAAAUACUUAUAGUGCGAUUAAACAUAAGAAUGACUCGAAUUCGUUUGGUGAUCCGAGAGUGAUAGCAGCGUUUCUGGUCGGAUUCCACAUUUUUUCGAGUUUAUUAAUCUCAGUAAUUGAUUCGCUCAACAAAGACGCGAUAACGGGGAGGAGGGGAAAAUACUUAAGUAGGAAAUAUAAAGGGUUCAUAUUUCUGAGGUGGCUGGCCCAUCUCACGCUCACAAUGAGAUUAUUUAGGUUGUUCACAGCGUACCUGGAAAAUCGAAGGAGGAAUAAGCAAAUUCAGAUUUUAAGGAUGAGAAGGACCAAACUAUCGGCACGGGAAAUUCGCUACGUGGUUGACCAGAAGAGGAACCAGCUCGUGGAAAGUCAUUAUGAUUUGGUGGACUCUUUCUUUAAAACCGUUCCAACCGCGUUGGUCCAAGUUUUUCUAAUGUCCCAGUCACAUCCUGGCGCCACACUUAAACUUUACUCGACCGUGGACCAGGACAGACUGGCCACAAUUUUCUUCACGAUAAUUUCUGCCUCAAUCUCUGCGACGAAUUACCAAGCAGAUUACUUAGCGUAUAAGAAAGUGUUACGGUUUGAAGACUGCUUUAAAUCCGGGUUUAAACUGGGGAUGAAUCUCGUAAUUCCAGCCGAGGGGUAUUUGGUGACCAACUUUGUCAACCUAGUGUUCUCAAUUGGAAUUAGGAUUUGCUUCUAUUCCGCGAUAAUUUUUUGGUCUCCGUUCCAAUUCAUUGUCUCAACGUUGUGCAUUCUGACAGUGAACUAUGUCCUCAUCUAUGUCUGGAAUAAGUCGUCGUGGCGUUUCCGACCCGUCCUGGACAAUCCAUUGCAUGGCAUCCCCUGGCCCGGUUUUGACUUGAUCGACCUCUGGAUUAACCUGUUCGUUCCCGGCGUUCACUACCCAAAACCUUUGGACCACCUCCUCAACUUUUACACGACCGUGUUCUGCGGCCUCAUCGUGUUCGGCACGUGGGAUUUCCUUUUUCCCACGAAAACGGCCGAAACACCCGGGACGACCAAUGCGACGCUCCCGAUCUACCAAGAACUGCUCAACAAGACGAAGACGAUCAGCGGGGAGAAAGAGACCACCGACAUUUCACGGGGUUUGGAGGAUCCCGCGUACAUCGUAUGGACCGUGGUGCAGUACCUCCUCACGAUUCAUGAAUAUCUGACCAGACAUGAAAUCUCGUACCAAGGAUUUUUCUUUAACGUGAUAAAGUUCAUGAAUAUCGUGAACUUCUUUUGCCUUGGGUACACUUGUGUUCUAAACUGGAUGAAGAUUUACGAUCUGGAUUUUCCCAUUCAGAUUGUGAACACGUUUUAUAGGACGAUCUAUCGUCAUUUAGAGGCAGCUGGGGAUUUCGUCGUGAUUACGGGCCAAGUGGAAGGUGUGUCAGCGGGGGUGCGAAGGUAUACGAAAUGUGAGGUAUUUCUGGUCUACUCGCUAUUAUCGAAUUCACUAUUUUUCGAUAAUGUGAGAACUCUGAGGACGGAUAAGAAUUGGGAUGCUAUAAAACCGCAGAAGUUGGAUUCACUCGUGUCUGAUUAUAUGUUCAGGGACGAAGGCCAAAAGUCCGCCUGUUACACAUUCUGGAAGCUCGUAUUCGACCUAUUAUCUCCCAUCUUUUACCCGGGAACUUUACGCGUCGCUAAACUACCAGGUAGCGAACGAAGGAAAGAGUUAUCCCUGGAAAAAGCCAGUAUUAUUGCGUCAGUUGCAAAGUGGCAUCCCCUGCGGGAAGAAAUGGUCAAAUUUGUAGACCAAGUUUACGACAAGUUGGGCCCCGAUGGGAAGCUCCUCUUGCGAAUUUGGGUCUCCACGUAUGACGACAUUGUCUCCAACUAUACGUCCCUCCGAAUUCGGAGAACCUUCCAGUUUCUCGAUAUUUAUCCCAUUGAGAAAACGCCCGAUGAAAAUGAAGUAAUCGACCGACGGACAGCGUCAGGCAGUCGGAUGAAACAAGACUACGAAAUGGGAUACAUUAGAAGAAUUAUUAAUGAGGCGAGAGGUUUAGUCGAACUGAUACAGGUGGAAACUGGACAGAUCUGAGAAAGUGAUAUGGAAAAAGGGCGUUUUAGGUGGAAAUUGUUUCCAAAGAUGCACACAAACGUGGGCAAUGUUUUUCAAUAAUGUGUGAAACUUGUCGAUACGACAUUCAAAAAGUAUUUUUAUGUAUAAUAAAGUUAGAGUUUAAGAUAUGAAAUAACAUUUGUAUAUGCAUGAUUCCUAAUGCAAGUGAGACUACACAGAUCUGAAAAGAGCGAUAAAUAAGCAUAGAAGUGAUAUGAUUAACGGUGCUUUAAUUCUGCGAAAAUAACGACCCAAAUAGACAUUUGCAAAUUGUUGACGAUGAAAGUGUAAAAUUGUCUUAUACAAUUACAUAAGUAUUUUUUAAGA